AUGGCAAAUGCGGGCGGACAGGACGAUGCGUAUGUGCGUAUGGACCGGCUGCUGGACAAGCUGCAUGCGCUCGAGUACUAUCCGCGGUUUGCAGUGCCGCGAUCGCGUGGGCUGGUGCCGAGGCUGUACUUUACGGCCAAAGCUGGGACAGCGGGCGAGCAGUUCUCGUACUUUGCCGCCCUUGCAGCGUGGCUGGCCGGCGAGGCAGGCGGCUCGAUGAACGAGCCGGACGAGUUUGCCGAUCCCAACGUGGUGGCGUCCAACGUGGUCGUUGCUGCGGGAAAUCUGGGCGUCAAGGUCUCGGUGGCGCCUGGCAAGUUGCUAGCCGGCCACGGUAAGGGCGUGCUGGAAGUGCUGGAGGGCCUGGCCGACGCAGCGCUCAAGGCGCGCGGCUUUGACUAUAUUGCGCCGCACUUUCCAGCCGAGGACGCGGCCGAGGAAGCCGAGGUUGCCGACGACAUGGAAGUUGUGGCCGACGACGCGCUCCUCGACGACGUCUCGGCCGAGUCGGACGACGAGGUCGGGUACCUGGAGGGCCGACUCGGCGGGGCCGCCGGCGUGGCGACAACCGACGCCAGCGCGGCUGCGCAGGCCCAAGCCGAGGCCGACGCUGCAGCGUGGAAGCAAGAAGUCAACCGGCUUGGCCCGCGGCUCAAGCUUGUGGUCGCCGCCGAGUCGAACGAGUGGCGCUCGCACCUCGACGCUAUGCGGAGCAACCGGGCCAAGGUCGGCAAGAUCACCGAGUCGACGUGCGGCUCGCUGACCCGGUUGGCGGCAGACAUCAACGCCCUACUGGAGAAGAUUGCCUCGCGCGAGCAGUACAUCAACUCGCAGCUCGAGGACCUGCUCGCAGAGUAUGCGCAGGUCUCGGCGACCGAGUCGGAGACGGCCGACCGCUACAAGCACGCCUCCGAGGAGGUGGCCAACCUCACUGCCCAGCUCCGCGACCUCACCCACGAACUCGACGAGCUUCGCUCGCGCAUGGACUCGCGGACCGGCUCGAUGGCCGAUGCCUCGCCCAUCGUCACCAUCAAGGAGACUCUAGCCGGCCUCCAGGCCGAGAUCAAGGAGAUGGAGGUUCGUAUCGGCGUCGUCCAGGCCCUUCUCCUCCAACACCAGCUCAAGGCACGCUCCGAGAACGCAAUUCUUCGCUCUGACCAGAACCGACGGACGUAGCGGCCGUAUCAGCAGCAAACAUAUACCCACCGCAC